CCCGCCCACGUGGUCACGGCCGCCCGGGGGUGGCCUUGUGUCUCCGGGAGGGCAGCUAGGAGCUCUCCGUCUGAGGAGAUGGUCGGGCUCUCGGUGCCUGCGGAGGUCACCGUGAUCCUGUUGGAUAUUGAAGGUACCACAACCCCGAUUGCUUUCGUGAAGGACAUUUUAUUCCCUUACAUCAAAGAAAAUGUGCAGGAGUAUCUGCAGACACAUUGGGAGGAGGAGGAGUGCCGGCAGGAUGUCAGCCUUCUGAGGAAGCAGGCUGAAGAAGAUGCCCACCUGGAUGGGGCUGUUCCCAUCCCCGCGGCAUCUGGGAACGGGGUAGAUGACCUCCAGCAGAUGAUCCAGGCUGUGGUAGACAAUGUGCAUUGGCAGAUGUCUCUGGACCGGAAGACCACAGCGCUCAAGCAGCUGCAGGGCCAUAUGUGGAGGGCAGCGUUCAUAGCUGGACACGUGAAAGGAGAGUUCUUUGCAGAUGUAGUUCCUGCAGUCAGGAAGUGGAAAGCGGCUGGAAUGAAGGUUUAUAUCUAUUCGUCAGGGAGCAUAGAGGCACAGAAACUGUUAUUUGGACAUUCUACAGAGGGGGAUAUUCUUGAGCUUUUUGAUGGUCACUUUGAUACCAAGAUUGGACACAAAGUGGAGAGUGAGAGUUACCGAAAGAUUGCAGAUAGCAUUGGAUGCUCAACCAGCAAUAUCUUGUUUCUGACAGACGUUACUUUGGAGGCCAGUGCUGCCGAAGAAGCGGACGUGCAUGUAGCCGUGGUGGUGAGGCCUGGCAAUGCGGGGCUGACAGACGACGAGAAGACUUACUACCGGCUCAUCACCUCCUUCAGUGAGCUCCGCCUGCCUUCAUCCACGUAGACACUCAGUGUCCGGCCUUUCUCGGAUGGUAUGUGUGCGCUCAGAUUCAGUCCCAUGGGCGCACUGUGAACAAGUCUUCAGCACAUUGACAGUGAAACUUAUUUAAAGAUGCUUUGUAUGGAGACAGUGUUUGAGACCAAACUAUCCCUUGCUGAAAGCAAAGUUUAAUUGAUAGAAAUUACUAAAAUACAGAUCAGAUAUGUUAGGUUUAUUGGGUCAUUAUCAAAAUGAAAAGCCAGUUAUUAUGUAGAAGUCUUUUUUUUUUCCAGAAGUCUUUUUUUUUAACAACAAAUAAUGUCAGAGAGAUUCCCAAUAAUAAUUCAUUGUUCCUGUGUAAUUGAGAGUUACAGGAUUAUAACAGCUGCAUUUCAUAUUUUCUUCUUUGUAUAUUAAUGAAAAAGUUACCUGUUUCUGUUCCAAAAGAGCAAAAUUUGGAAAGAAAAAUCAACUAGAGCAUUGAUCAAUCAAAUAUUUGUUACAUAAGAAGAGAUUUGCUAAUCAUAUGGCUUCCACAGCAAGCACUUGGCCUCUCACUGAAAAAGUACACUGGUUCAACAAAAAAGCCAAGUGUGGUACUUAAUGUUCAACAGAAUAGUUCUAAUCCUGCCUCAGUUGUUAUCAUCAUAGAUUUUAAAGUUGCCUUUUUAACUAUUGUCUUAGCACAGUUUGAGAAUAUAUGUUAAUUGCUAUUUACUGUUUUUUUUUAAAUUUACUGAAAUCAGCCCAUAACACCAAAAAGAGUUCUAGUACAUAAUAUUUUCCUCUGAAAUGGAUGUGAGAAAUGUAAAUUUUAUGGUAGCAUUAGUUACCUUGGUUCAUCUCUAAUACUAUUUCAUGUCAGUUUCAUGCUGUGACUAAUAAAAGCAUUUCCUUCUCAAGUUUUAUACAUGUUGCUGAACUGUUAUCACUUACUGCCAAAAACAAAAGAGAAUCAGACUGAAGAGAGAUUGAAAAAAAAACCAGUUUUAUUUUGGUAUUUGUCUUUAUUGCGUGUGAUGUAUGUGUACUUCAUGGGAAGGGCAGAGGAAGCCCCCAACUAACAUUUGAAUCAUGUAUACAUAGAUGGUUAAGAUUUCAUUUGGAUAGUAAACAUUUAGUAUAUGAGUGGGGUUUCUUAGAUUUUGGGAAAUUUUAUGA